UGAACAUGUGUAUCAGAGGUUUGGACAUUUCUGGUGUUCCGUAGCUGUGCUGAUGGAGGGGGUGUGUCGGCUGAAGGGUCGCUGUUUAAGUGGCGAGAAGACUAAGCCUCGAUGGGGGGGAUUAUGGUGGGCGGGGGCGGGGAGCCUCCAUGAUCUGUCAGAGCUUAGUAACACAAUUAUCCCAGCGGCUCCGACAGCAGCAGCAGCGACGAUGAUGAUGAUGAUGAUGGUGGUGGCGGCAGAAGCAGCGUUUUCAUUAGUGUAAUGCCCAGAGACGCUCCGUUGUUAUUAUGUAAGCGUGACGCCAUCCCAGCUCCCAGCGACGGCGUGGCGGCUUGCUUCCUGCUCGGAGAAGCCAAAAGGACGUCGGUCCGUCAGCAGCGGCGGCGGGGAUGUCGCCGACCUCCGCGCUGGAUCCCAGGCUCGUUGCCAUGGAGAAGCGGAUGCUGUGAGGCGCGGAGACGGAACAUCUGAUGAGUCAGACGUGGGGAGAUGAGAGGAAACGAGAUGGACACGCGGCAGCGGCGGUCUGAUGGAUGCUAGAGGAGAGAUUUAAAAAAAGAGAAGAUGAAGUUUAAGAAGUUCAUCACCAUCAUGCAGGCGGCCAUGGGGGUCGUUCCGCUGAACAAACGGGAGCUGAUGCCGCCGGGCAGGAAGCUGUGGCGACCCCCGGGGGACCAGGGUUGCUCUGACCAGACCAGUACUGACCUGCUCAAGUCCAGCCGUAAGUUCUGCUGGUCCAGAGAAGCCCAGUACUUGUACCUUCGCCGCCUGUCGUCGAGGAGCCUCUCCGCCAUCACCAUGAACCCGGUCAUGGAGCAGACGGUGUGGGAGCAGUACACCGUGACCCUGCAGAGGGAUUCCAAAAUGGGUUUUGGGAUCGCGGUUUCAGGAGGACGGGACAACCCGAACGAGGACACGGGCGAGACGUCCAUCGUGGUGUCGGACGUCCUGCAGGGCGGCCCGGCAGAGGGGCUGCUGUUUGAGAAGGACCGCGUGGUUCUGGUGAACAACACGCCCAUGGAGGGAGCGCUGCACUCCUUCGCUGUUCAGACCCUCAGGAAAUGUGGCAAAACGGCCAAAAUCACGGUCAAGCGCGGCAAGAGGGUCCCGGUUAGCGUGAUGCCCCGGCCCGCCUCGCCUGAGGUCUUCAGCAACGACAACUACAGCGACUACAACUACGAACCGGACCGCCGCAGCAUGACCAGCGGCCGCGACAACAGCCUGGAGCGCCGCGGCUACGACGACCGGGACUACGACCGGAACUAUGACCGCGGCAGGAGCGCCGAGCGCAACCUGAGCCCCAACCGGGGCUACCGGCGCGAUGGCAGCAGGGGCCGCACGUUGGACCGCGACUACAGCCCGGACCGCCGCUAUCGCAGCGAGCGAACCCUGGACCGCGACUAUAGCCCAGACCGCCGCUACCGCAGCGAGCGAGCCUUGGACCGCGCCCCGAGCCCGGAGCCGCGCUACCGCAGCGAGCGAGCCUUGGACCGCGACUAUAGCCCAGACCGCCGCUACCGCAGCGAGCGAGCCUUGGACCGCGCCCCGAGCCCGGAGCCGCGCUACGGCCGGGACGGCUAUAGCCCCGGAAGAGGCCAGAGGCGCGACCCGAGCUUCGAACGCGGCCGGGACCGAGACCGGGACCCGAGGUACAACGAGCCGGUCCGGAGGACGGCCAGCAGAGAUCGCCUGGAUCGCUCACCAUCGCCCCCUGCUGCUCCCAUCCCACUGCCCCGGCCGGGCCGCGACCAGGAGCCGCUGGAGAAACCCGUCAACGUGCUGCUGCUGAAGAACCAUCCCAACGAAGAGUACGGCCUGCGCCUGGGCAGCCAGCUCUUCAUCAAGGAGAUGACGAGCAGCGGCCUGGCCGGCAGAGACGGGAACCUGCAGGAGGGAGACAUCAUCCUGAAGAUCAACGGCACGGUGACGGAGAACCUCUCCCUCGGCGACGCCGGGAAGCUGAUCGAGAAGUCUCGCGGCCGGCUGCAGCUGGUGGUUCAGCGCGACCGCCGCCAGAUCCUGAUCCGCAUCCCGCCGAUGGUGGACAGCGACUCGGAGCUCGAUGAUAUCUCUGAGAUCGAGUCGUACCGCUCUUACUCUCCACAGGAGCGAGGUCAUCCCUCCGACCUUUCCUCACACUCGUCCAAUGAGAGGCUUCGAGACAAACCCAGAGACGAUCCUUCUAGCAGGUUGGCGAAAAUGGGCGCGAUGCCGACGCCUCUCAAAAGUCUGGAGAGGCAUGAAGAUUCCUCCCCUUUGCCGCCAGAGAGGGAUGAAACUCGAUCUGUGUCGCCGCCAGCAGCAGCUGUCGCCCCAAGAGUUCAGGUUCCUCCAAAAGUCCCACUGAAGCCGAGCUUGGAGGAUCAGGAAGUCUACGGGCCGAACACGAUAAUGGUGCGCUUCAAGAAGGGCGACAGCGUCGGGCUGCGGCUCGCCGGAGGGAACGAUGUCGGCAUCUUCAUUGCCGGCGUUCAGGAGGACAGUGCGGCCGAGCAGGAGGGUCUUCGGACCGGAGAUCAGAUCGUCAAGGUGAACAGCGUUGACUUCAGAGGGAUGGUGCGUGAAGACGCCGUCCUCUACCUGCUGGACAUCCCAAAAGGAGAAGACGUGACCAUCCUGGCUCAGAGCAAACCAGAAGUGUAUGAAGACGUUCUGGCAUCCGGACGCGGCGACUCGUUCUACAUCAGGACCCACUUUGAGUACGAGAAGGAGGCGCCGCAGAGCCUCCCGUUCGGCAGGGGAGAGAUCUUCAAGGUCACCGACACGCUGUACGACGGCAAGCUGGGCCACUGGCUGGCCAUCCGCAUGGACCAGGACAACCAGUCGCCCGAAGUGAAAAAGGGAAUCAUCCCCAACAAGAGCAGAGCUGAACAAAUGGCCAACGUGCAGAACGCUGCCAGAGCGGCGUCAGGCAACGACAGAGGAGACUUCUGGAGGCUGAGAGGUCAAAGGGCGGCGAAGAAGAAAGACCUGCGGAAGAGCCGGGAGGACCUGAGCACCGCGCCGGUCACCACCAAGUUCCCCGCGUACGAGAGAGUGGUGCUCCGAGAAGCUGGUUUCAGGAGGCCGGUGGUCAUAUUCGGACCGAUUUCCGACGUAGUGAACGAGAAACUGGCCAACGACCUUCCCAACGAGUUUAUUAUUGCCAAAACUGAGCCCAAAGACGCUGGAAGUGAGAAAUCCUCUGGAGUGGUGAGACUGAACACCAUCCGAGAAAUCAUUGAGCAGGACCUCCACGCGCUGCUGGACGUCACCCCCAAAGCCGUGGACACGUUGAACUACACCCAGUGGUAUCCCAUCGUGGUUUUCCUGAACCCGGACAGCAAGCAGGGCGUCAAAACCAUGAGGACCCGCCUGAUACCCGGAUCCAACCGCAGCGCGCGGAAGCUGUACGAGCAGGCGGUGCGGCUGAAGAAGACCUGCUCCCACCUCUUCACCGCGACCAUCGACCUGAACUCGUCGAAUGACGCCUGGUACGGCAGCGUGAAGGACUCGAUCCGGGAGCAGCAGCAGAAAGCCGUGUGGGUGUCGGAGGGGAAGAUGGACGGGUCAGAGGAGGACCUGGACCUUCAGGACGACCGCAUGUCCUACCUGUCGGCCAUGAGCGCCGACUACCUGAGCAUGGACAGCCGCCUCACCAGCGACUACGACGACACGGCGGACGAGGGCGGGGCUUACACCGACAACGAGCUGGACGAGCCGCUGGACGACCCCACGCCCGUCUCCGCCAUCAGCAGGUCGUCGGAGCCCGUCCUGCCCGAAGAGCCGCGCCGCGCCAAGAGGCCCGGGAACAGAGAGGUUCUGAACCGGGACCCCAGCCCGCCGCCUUCGUUUGUUCCAGAACCACCAAAGGUCCGAGCCCAGGCCCGGACCGACUCGGUGCGCAGCUACGAGUCCCACUCCAGCAGCACCAUCAGCAGCAUCGACGCGGUGGCCGCCAGCCGGCCGGCUCCCCCGCCGGUGGCCUUGAAGCCCAACAUCGCCCGCCUGCACCAGGCCCCAGAGGAGCCGGCGCCGGCGAACCCGCAGGAGGAGGAAGACCCCGCCAACAAGUCCUUCCUGGGAAAGAGAAUGGCCAAUCAGAUCAAAGCCUUUGAGAAGAUGGACCACCUGGCCCGAGCUCAGCGUCUUCUGGAGCUGCAGGAGGCGGAAAACGCUCGAUUGGAAAUCGCCCAGAAGCAUCCAGACAUCUACGCCGUCCCAGUGAAGCUGCCAAAAUCCAACCAGAACCGCCCCCAGCCAAUCGGCUCGAACGCCGAGCCGCAGACGAUGUCCAGGCCCGCGUACUCGGAGACGAGAGGAAACGAGGACACCGAUGCGGAGUACCGCCGCCAGCUGGCAGAUCAGACCCGGAGGGGAUACUACAACCCCCAGAAGUACAAGGACACGGAGCUGUGAGGCUCCUGACAGGAAGUGAGGUCGUCCGACAGCUUCUGUCGCUCUCUGAACUUCUUUUUUCUCACAUUCGGCUUCGAGUCCAGACUCUGUGGAAGCCGGUGGUGGCGUUAACCGCCACAGAGGAAGAAAUGUCGGUCCUGAUUUCCAGAGACGAAAUGUUCAGUUUGGGUUUAAAAGCCUCCAGUGUUUCACCGGCGAGUCGAGGGUUUCUGGAUCCAUCACAGAUAUACAGCAGAAGUCUUAAUUUUUGUUUUUCCUCCAAGCAGCAGAUUAAAGGUUUUAAAGC